CUCUAACUUAACAGUUAUGUGAAGAUGGCGGCUCAGAGUCGCUCUCCGCCGUUAUUUCUGCUCCUGUCCUAUCUGUGUCUCCUGAGCUCUUUAACCGCAUUGGGCCUGAAAGUGGCGAGCGGCCCUGCCGACCUGCUAAAAGCGCACGACGUCAGAGGCGUCGAUCCUCCGGCUAAUGAUGCACCUGUCGCCGCUGCCGCCGGGGCCUCUCAGCCGCGAAGGGCGAGCGGCUGGAAGCUUUCGGAGGAGGAGGCCUGUCGGGAGGACCUGAGCCGCUUGUGUCCUAAGCAGACCUGGAGCAACAACCUGGCCGUUCUGGAGUGCUUACAGGACCGCAGAGAGGAAAUUGAUCUCGCACCGGACUGCAACCAUCUUCUAUGGAAUUACAAAUUGAACCUGACGACUGAUUCGAAGUUUGAGUCUGUGGCUACUGAGGUGUGCAGGAGCACCAUCGCAGAGAUAAAGGAGUGUAAUGAGGAGGAACGAGGGCGAGGCUAUCUGGUGUCCUGCCUCGUGGAUCAUAGAGGCAACAUCAGCGAGUAUCAGUGCAACCAGUACAUCACCAAGAUCACCAGCAUUAUUUUCAGCGACUACAGACUGAUCUGUGGCUUCAUGGAUAAAUGCAGAGAGGAUAUAAAUUACUUGCGCUGCGGCAGCAUCAACGUAGGACAAAAGGACGUCCACUCCCAGGGCGAGGUGAUCUCCUGUCUGGAGAAGGCGCUGGUGAGGCAGGCGGAGCAGCAGGACCGGGUUCAUCUAAUCAAAGAGGAGUGUCAGAAAGCUAUUCUUCGCGUGGCGGAGCUGUCAUCUGAUGACUUUCACCUCGACAGGCACCUUUACUUCGCGUGCCGAGACGACCGGGAGAGAUUCUGCCAGAACGUUCAGGCAGGAGAAGGCAAGGUCUACAAGUGUCUGUUCAACCAUAAGUUUGAGGAAGCCAUGUCUGAAAAGUGCAGAGACGCGCUGACAACCCGACAGAAGCUGAUUUCUCAGGAUUACAGAGUCAGUUACUCUUUGGCCAAAGCCUGCAAACUGGACCUGAGGAAGCAGCGCUGCAGUCUGGACACCAGCCUGCCACGAGCGCGGGAGGCUCGACUGUCCUACCUGCUGCUGUGCUUGGAGGCUGCCGUGCACCGAGGUCGUCCCGUCAGUGGAGAGUGCCAGGGGGAGAUGUUGGACUUCCGGAGGAUGCUGAUGGAGGAUUUUUCCUUAAGCCCAGAGAUUGUCCUUCACUGCCGGACGGAAAUCGAGGCCCAGUGCUCCGGUUUGCACCGCAAGGGCCGCACGCUGCACUGCCUGAUGCGACUUGGCCGAGGCGACCACAGCAGUGCGGUUGACAGCAUCUGCCAGAGCGCACUGCAAACUCUGAUCCAGUCUGCCGACCCUGGAGCUGAUUAUCGGAUUGAUCGAGCGCUCAACGAGGCCUGUGAAUCAGUCAUCCAGACCGCCUGUAAACACAUCCGCAGUGGAGACCCAAUGAUCCUGUCCUGUCUGAUGGAGCACCUGUACACAGAGAAGAUGGUGAUGGACUGUGAGCAUCGCCUGCUGGAGCUGCAGUAUUUUAUAUCCAGAGACUGGAAACUGGACCCAAUCCUGUACAGGAAGUGUCAGGGUGACGCCGCUCGGCUCUGCCACACCCACGGUUGGAACGAGACGAGCGAGUUGAUGCCCCCGGGAGCCGUUUUCUCCUGCUUGUACCGCCACGCUUACCGCACAGAGGAGCAGGGACGGCGGGUAAACUCAGAUGGGCAGUUGUCUCGAGAUUGUAAAGUUGAGGUUCAGAGGAUUCUCCACCAGAGGGCGCUGGAUGUAAAGUUAGACCCAGAGCUGCAGAAGCGUUGCAUGACCGACCUGGGCAAGUGGUGCAGCGAUAAGCCGGAUACGGGACAGGAGCUGGAGUGUCUGCAGGACCAUUUGGAGGACCUUGUGUCCACCUGUAGGGAAGUUGUCGGGAACCUGACAGAGCUGGAGUCAGAGGACAUCCAGAUCGACGCCCUGCUGAUCAGAGCCUGUGAGCCCAUCAUCCAGGCCCACUGCCAUGAUGUAGCUGAUAACCAGAUUGAUACCGGUGACCUGAUGGAGUGUUUGGUUCAGAAUAAACAUCAGAAGGAGAUGAACGAUAAGUGUUCAGUCGGUGUCACACACUUCCAGCUGAUCCAGAUGAAGGAUUUCCGUUUCUCCUACAAGUUCAAGAUGGCCUGCAAGGAGGAUGUUCUGCGCUUGUGUCCAAAUAUAAAAAAGAAGGUGGACGUUGUUAUUUGCCUCAGCACCACGGUGAGGAACGACACGCUGCAGGAGGUCAGAGAGCAGCGAGUGUCUCUGAAAUGUCGCAAGCAGCUGCGGGUGGAGGAGUUGGAGAUGUCUGAAGACAUCCGCCUUGAACCAGAGUUGUAUGAGCCCUGCAAGUCUGACAUCAGUCGCCUGUGUCCCAACGUGGCGUUUGGAAAUGCUCAGAUCAUCGAGUGUCUGAAGGAGCAGAAGAAGCAGCUGAGUCAGCGCUGCCACCAGAGGAUCUUCAAGCUGCAGGAGGUUGAGAUGAGCGACCCGGACCUGGACUAUCAGCUGAUGAGAGUCUGCAAGCAGAUGAUCAAGCGUUUCUGCACUGAAGCAGACGCCCGGAACGUUCUUCAGUGCCUGAAGCAGAACAAGAACAGCGAGCUGAUGGAUCCCAAGUGUAAACAGAUGAUCACUAAGAGGCAGAUCACCCAGAACACAGACUACCGGCUGAACCCGGUGCUACGGAAAGCCUGCCGAGCCGACAUCCCCAAGUUCUGCCAGUCCAUCCUGAGCAAAGCCAGCGAGGACAGCGAGUUGGAGGGCCAGAUCAUCGCCUGCCUUAAACUCAAAUACGCUGACCAGAGGUUGUCUUCAGAUUGUGAAGACCAGAUCAGAGUGAUUCUGCAAGAGUCGGCACUCGACUACAGACUGGACCCGCAGCUGCAGAUGCACUGCUCAGAUGAGAUCUCCAGAUUAUGUGCAGAGGAGGCAGCAGCUCAGGAGCAAACCGGUCAGGUGGAGGAGUGCCUGAAAAGCAACCUCUUAAAAAUCAAACAGGAAGCCUGCAAAAAGGAGGUGCUGAAUAUGCUAAAGGAGAGUAAGGCAGACAUAUUUGUCGACCCAGUGCUCCACACAGCCUGUGCUCUGGACCUCAAACACCACUGUGCCGCCAUCACGCCUGGCAGAGGACGACAGAUGUCGUGUCUGAUGGAGGCGCUGCAGGACAAGAGGAUCCGUCUGCAACCUGAGUGCAAGAAAAGACUUCAAGAUCGCAUAGACAUGUGGAGCUACGCUGCCAAGGUGGCGCCAGCAGAGGGCUUCUCAGACCUUGCCAUACAAGUGAUGACAUCGCCCUCCAAGAACUACAUCCUGCUCAUGAUCGCUCUGAGCGUGUGUGUCCUGUUCCUGGUGGGGCUGCUAUGCGGUCGGAUCACGAAGCGAGUGACGAGGGAACUGAAGGACCGGUAAACGCUUCAACUUCAGAACAGACUGCUCGCCCCCUCCUCUUCCUCCUCUUCCGUCUCCCUCAGCUGUCUGGUCUGUAACACAGCUGACGUUAACAGUGCCAACACCACAUCCGAACCCCCUCCCUCUGUAGAAAACCAAAUGCUUGGGCCUCUGUUUGGACUUCUUUGAACUCAGAGUACGGAUCGUCGGAGACGACGCCUCCGUUCAGUAUAUUUAAACUUCUAGAUGAACGCUGUCGCUGUGACCAAGGACUGCUACUUCUGGACUCUUCAGUCCUGAUGAUUUAUUUUUGGUAUUUUUCUUGCAAACUUAUUUUUUGUUAACAGCUGCUGCAUAAUUCUCAAACAAAAGGUUUUUGGCAAAUUAUCUGUUAAACUUUGAGCACAUCUCAUGAAACUGCAUAGAAACGACCUGUUUGCUUCAAUGACUCCAAGCCGGCCUUCAUGAGCGACUCCAUUUCAUUUACUAUAAACACUAAUUUCAUUGCACUUUUUUUUUUUUUUUUACUUCUGUCUCUAAUUUAUUGUUGAUGAACUGAUUUGCUGAUGAUGUUGCACUUUGUUUUGAGCGAGUGGGAAAAUAUUUCUUCUGGCCAAUGAAAAUAAUGGAAGCUCUAAAGGAGAAAGGUUCUCAGUGAGUCAUUAAAAGCAGGAUUGAACCAAAAGCUAGAUGAAGGUUUUCAGAUAUUCACCAUGAUGUAAAUCAUUUUGACCUUUCAAUUAGCUCCUAAUCAUUCUAAGUCAUAGAAUCUGACUAAGUCAAUGAAAAUGUAAAAAAGAUUUAGAUUUUCAGACUUAAAUGUUGCUUAAAUCCGAAUUCUCAUAGCUAAUAUUUUUAAAUGAAUUUCUCAGAGGAAUGAAAUGAAUGUGUAGCAUGUAUGCUGGUCUGUAUUCUCAGCCAACAGCCAGUUAAACAACCCCAGGAGGAAGCUACCUGUCCAUUGCUUUAUGAUUUUGUCUUUCAUUCUCAGCUUGUACAGAUUACAGAUAUUACAGUUAAAUGGUGUGCAGUUUUUUUUUUUUUCAUAUGCCAUGUAAUAUGAAGAACCGAUUUAUUAUUGUGAUGUCUGAUUUUGCUGUACAGAUUAAAGUUGUCAAUUUAAUAAAAAAAUGUCUGCA